AAAUAAUCUUACUGUUGUUUCGUAUCCUUUCAACACCCGAUGUUGUGUUGUGCUACUCGUACACACACACACACACACACAUAUAUAUAUAUAUAUAGGCGCGCAUAUACAUUUUUGGUAUAUAUAGCUUCAUUUUUCUUAGACUUUCUGUUUAUCAUUCUUGUUCUGACAUGGAUGGAGGGCCAUACGACAUCUAGUAGUAGCAGUAACACCAUUCACAACGACAACAGUAAGCAGUGGAGAGCAGAAGAAGCCAUAGCCGGCAACGCCGAAGCUCUCGAAGCUCUCAGAGAGCUCAUCACCUUCCCUAUUCUCUAUUCUCGUGAAGCCCAAAAGCUCGGUCUCAAAUGGCCUAAAGGUUUGCUUCUCUACGGCCCUCCUGGCACAGGAAAGACAAGUUUGGUUCGUGCAGUGGUUCACGAAUGUGGUGCUCAUUUAACUCUAAUUAGUCCACAUUCUGUUCACAGGGCUCAUGCUGGGGAGAGUGAGAAAUUUUUGCGGGAGGCGUUCGCGGGGGCCUCAUCCCAUGCGAAGUCUGGGAAGCCAUCAGUUGUUUUUAUAGAUGAAAUAGAUGUGCUCUGUCCUCGUCGUGAUUCUAGAAGGGAGCAAGAUGUGCGCGUAGCGUCUCAACUCUUUACACUAAUGGACUCCAAUAGGUCAUCAGUACCACAAGUUGUUGUUGUUGCAUCAACUAACAGAGUGGAUGCUAUUGACCCUGCGUUAAGGAGGUCGGGCCGCUUUGAUGCGGAAAUAGAAGUUACUACACCUAGAGAACAGGAGCGCUUUCAAAUUCUCAAGCUUUACACGAAAAAGAUUCCUAUGGAUCAUAGUGUUGACUUACAAGCAAUAGCUGCGUCUUGCAAUGGAUAUGUUGGAGCUGAUCUCGAAGCCUUAUGCCGUGAGGCUACGUUGUCCGCAAUUAAAAGGUCUUCUGAUGCAAGUGAAGAUGCUGGCGCAUUCAGCUUAACAAUGGAAGACUGGAAGCAUGCAAGGACUGUGGUUGGCCCAAGUAUAACAAGAGGUGUUACAGUGGAAAUCCCCAAGGUGACAUGGGAAGAUAUUGGAGGACUAAGAGACUUAAAGAAAAAACUCCAACAAGCUGUUGAAUGGCCUAUCAAACAUUCUACUUCAUUCACGAGGUUGGGAAUAUCCCCUGUGCGCGGGAUUCUUCUGCAUGGUCCUCCCGGAUGUUCAAAAACCACUCUUGCUAAAGCUGCAGCCCAUGCUUCCCAAGCUUCUUUUUUCUCAUUGAGUGGUGCAGAAUUAUAUUCAAUGUAUGUUGGAGAUGGUGAAGCCCUGCUCCGGAAUACCUUCCAGAGAGCUCGACUUGCAGCACCUAGCAUCAUAUUCUUUGAUGAGGCCGAUGUUGUUGCUGGAAAACGAGGUGGGAAUUCAAGCAAUAACAUUACCGUAGGUGAGAGGCUUCUCUCCACUUUGCUUACUGAAAUGGAUGGUCUGGAAGAGGCUAAGGGAAUUCUUGUGCUGGCUGCUACAAAUCGCCCUUUUGCAAUCGAUGCCGCAUUGAUGCGCCCUGGGCGCUUUGAUCUGGUCGUCUAUGUACCGCCACCGGAUCUAGAAGCCCGAUACGAGAUUCUUUGCGUGCACACUCGCAACAUGAAAAUCGCGGAUGAUGUUGAUCUCCGUCGAAUAGCAGAAGAAACCGAGCUUUUCACAGGCGCUGAACUGGAGGGCCUAUGCAGGGAAGCUGGAAUUGUAGCUCUCAGGGAAGACAUAUCCGCGACUGUUGUGCGUGACAGCCAUUUCCAGACCGUCAAGAAAUCCUUGAAGCCAGCAUUAACCGAAGCAGAAAUCGAAGCCUACUCGUCAUUCAUGAAGGGCCAGCCGUCCACAUCCUCUGACCAGAUUGAAUUGGAAUCUGUUGUUGCCAAGCACGAGUCUAGAAGGACCUCUUUAGGCCUAGUGUCUUCCGUGACAAUAGGUGUUGUGAGUUUUGUAAUCGUUGUUGCUGCGAAAUAUUUUCUGUCGAGUACGGAGCAAACUCGAGAUGAACUAGCAACUACCUGAAUAAGUUGAGAACUGGACGUUCUUUUUUCACAUGUUCCUGAAUAUGAAGCAUGAAAGGAGAUGUCAUUUUUUUUCAUUGUUAUUUUCUUCUAUUGAAUUUUGGUUUUGAAAGCAACUGUUAUACCGUCGUAUUUUAUACUAAUA